AUGCGCGCAUUUUUGAAAAUUUCCGUGCUGCAAUUUGCAGGUAUCAUCGAGUGCUCAAGCAGCGAGUGUGCACACGUCCAGGCCAUCAUGUCACGUGAGGAGGAUUCCCACUCCACGUCGCCGGUGGUUUCGGAGACAGCAUCCAUUUCCAGUGAGGUAGCCGAUCAGAUUGCGGGUUCUUCGCCGUCAAGCUCACCUUCUGUACUUUCCGCGCUUGAUGACUUCGAUGUGUGGGAUGAUCCGACACCGGAUGCCCCCGUUCUUGCGGCCGAAGCGGAUUCUGCGUCUUUAGAAGCAGUUGGUGGAAAUUCACUGCUCCAUAAUCCACUGUCGACAAGGUACGAAGAAAAUGCUGACCAUAGCAUGGACAGUGAAAGCCGAUCGAGCGAAACACCGGAAAGCAACACUGAGCCGAACAGCAAUUCGUUGGAUCAAGAAGAAAGCGGUUCUGGUCAGCGUAGCAACUGGUCAGCCAACGUCAGUGCCUCCAGUGGAGCGUCCUCGAUGGAUUCUGGUCCUCCUCCACUGCAGUUGCCCACAUCAACGCGAUUAAAAAUUACUAUCCUCAAAUGGAAUGUAGCAGCUGCGUGGAAAUGGGCGGUAAGUGACGAAAACUGCGGAAUUUGCCGAAUGCCUUUCGAGGCUUGUUGUAAUGGAUGCAAAACACCGGGUGAUGAGUGCCCCUUGGCAUUUGGCGAAUGCAAGCAUGCAUUCCACAUGCACUGUAUUUUCAUAUGCAAUCGGCAUCUACUCUCUGCAUCUACACUGCUGUUCUGCCCAAGUUAG